UAUCAGCAUUACUUUGAGGGUUAAAGGAUGUGUUGCUGAGGGGGUUCAUUGUUUAAGGGUAUCUUCUAGAAGUUGAAAUGUUUCAGAGUGGGACUCCAGGAGGUGUUGGCAUCAAAGCUAUGGCCCUGAGGACACCCUGCUGCCCAAGCUAAACGAUGGUCUGCUUCAGUAACGCCUAUCAAACAAGCCCCGACUCUACACAUCAUGCUGACACCACUGUGAUGUGUCGUUUACUGAUGGAAACACUCUGAGGUGACGCCAUAGACUCCUGAGCCCUGUUCCGUCAGAAGGCAGCACAGAUGUUUUCACUCGGUCACGAGAACAUCUCCACGUCCCCCUCCUCCACCAAAGGACCCAUCAAAUAUGGAGAGCUCAUUGUUCUGGGGUGUAACGGUUCUCUGCCCAAUGGCGACAAGGGCAGGAGGAAAAGCCGCUUCGCUCUGUGCCGCAGGAACAAAGCCAACGGUGUGAAACCCAGCACCGUGCACACGUCCUGCACGCCUCAGGCUGCCAAGGCCGUCAACAACAAGGAGCAGCACAGUAUUUCCUACACGCUGUCCCGGUCACAGACGGUGGUGGUGGAGUACACCCACGACAGCAGCACAGACAUGUUCCAGAUCGGCCGCUCCACAGAGAGUCCCAUUGACUUUGUGGUGACGGACACAGCCCCUGGUGGUCAGGCCAGUGCAGACAGUCCAAAUAUUCAGAGCACCAUCUCCCGCUUCGCCUGCCGCAUCAUCUGUCAAAGGAAUCCUCCCUACUCUGCACGGAUCUACGCUGCAGGGUUUGACUCCUCCAGGAACAUCUUCCUUGGGGAGAAGGCAGCAAAGUGGAGGAUGCAGGAUGGUCAGAUGGAUGCUCUGACCACCAACGGCGUUCUGGUGAUGCACCCACGCCAAGGCUUCAGCCAGGACUCCAAGCCCGGCCUGUGGAGGGAGAUCUCCGUCUGUGGCAACGUCUUCACUUUGCGGGAGACCAGAUCGGCUCAGCAGAGGGGCCGGAUGGUGGACUCUGAGUCCAACGAGCUGGCGGACGGCUCCCUCAUCGACCUGUGUGGCGCUACGCUGCUGUGGAGAACGGCUGAGGGCCUGGCUCACACUCCCACCCUCAAACACCUGGAGGCGCUGCGGCAGGAGCUCAACGCCGGGCGCCCUCAGUGUCCCGUGGGCUUCAACACGCUGGCCUUCCCCAGCCUGCGCCGCAAGGACGUCCUGGACGACAAGCAGCCGUGGGCCUACAUGCGCUGCGGCCACGUGCACGGCUACCACAGCUGGGGGGGGCGGCGCGACCCCGAGGUGGAGGUGGAGUGUCAGGAGAGGGAGUGCCCCAUGUGCCGCGCCAGGGGCCCGUACGUCCCUCUGUGGCUGGGCUGCGAGGCGGCCUUCUACGUGGACGCGGAGCCGCCCACCCACACCUUCUCCCCCUGCGGCCACGUCUGCUCAGAGAAGACGGCGGCGUACUGGAGCCAGAUCCUGCUGCCGCACGGCACGCACGCCUUCCACGCCGCCUGCCCCUUCUGCAUCCAGCCGCUGAGCCAGGAGUCCGGCUGCGUCAGACUCAUCUUCCAAAGCCCGCUGGACUAGAAGCCACUCCGGUGUUAAUCCAAAGCCUCCACCCAGAGACAGAUGAACAAAACCGCUGUCAGAGUUUUGGGGAACUUUUGUAACUUUUUUUAUAACUUAAUUUAACGUUAUUUUAUAUUCAACAAGUGCAUUUAUCUGGUUGUUUUCUGAUCUUUGGAACUAUGAUGUUGAGUCAGACGGUGACAUAAUCUCUGCUGCAGAAAAUGGCCUCACUAUUUAUUCCCACACCUUUCUUGCUGUCUCAGCAUUAACGCUUCAGGUAGGUUCACCCGCUUUGGGCCAUGUUGGUUCGGAGGCUUUCUUUUGGCAUCCACUGGAUUUUUUUAACAGCACAGUUUCAAAGUGUGACACAGGCCCCUUAAACCACUGUCUGAUCCAUAACAAACCUGUGUUAGAUUGAGUCGUCUUAAAUCAAGUGAUCUUUGUAGCGUUGUCGCCUCCUGUUUGCAAGCACAAUAAUAGAAUAAUUCCAGAAUAGAUUGCAUCUGAAGCUGCUGUUAUUGAACCUAAAGCCCAUUAGCAGGAAUAUUUGUUUUUUAAUCAAAAUAAAUGAAUGAAUCUGCAUUCAUUUUAAAACAUGUUAUGUCUGGUUUAACUUUGAGCAGGUAACUGGACCUUUGUUGAUGUUCGAUGUCUUUCCUCCAGCGACAUCCAAGGUGCAUAAAAACACAAUAAAUGAUAAGACAGUUUCUUUCAUUAUAUUGUUGUUAUUCCUAAUUUGUUGCCAUGUGGAACAUGUGUCGACUCGGACUUGUCUUAGAGCGACAGCACCGGGUUCUGUUCAGGAAACUUUGCAAACUUUGAGGUGAGGUCUUCUGUUGUUUUUAGUCAAACCAGUGCAACCUCGGCUGCAGUAAAUAAGAUGCAUGAUGGUGAAGGUGUGAACUGAGCAGGUUCAUCCUGCCUGGUUGUUUUCUCCACCGUGUAUUUGUGAUGCAAACAAUAAAACGCGUGUCUGACACUGAC